AAACAAGAGUCUCCAUUUCUUUUUGUCCACAAUCAAAUUUUCUUUGACAGGUUUGAUCACCCAAACAUCCUUGCUGGCGCAGGAACGAUGGGAUUAGAAAUUGUCGAGCAAGUUCCUGAUAUGGAUUGUUGCAUCAUUCCAAUUGGCGGUGGAGGUCUAAUAGCCGGAAGUGCUGUAGCCAUCAAAUUUCUAAUGCCUAAAUGUAAAAUCAUUGGAGUGGAGUCUGAGAGUUGUGCCAGUUAUUCAGCAGCCUUAGCGAAUGGAAAGCCUAUAUUUACACCUCCAAAUUCAACUCUAGCUGAUGGUCUUGCUGUUCCAAUUGUUGGUUUCAAUGCUUUUGCUACAGCCAAGGAUAUAGUGGACGAAGUGAUUACAGUCAGUGAGAACUACAUUGCUUUAUCCAUUCUGAGGCUUGUAGAACAGGAAAAAGCAGUGGUAGAAGGGGCUGGAGUCGUUGGACUGGCUGCACUAUUACAGGGUAAACAAGAAGAGUUAAAAGGCAAAACGGUUGUUGUGGCUUUGUGUGGUGGAAACAUAGACACACCAGCCUUAGGAAGAGUUAUUGAGCGUGGUCUGGCCGCUGAUGGACGUUUGAUCAAGUUUGUUGUGACGGUCAGUGAUCGACCAGGUGGGAUUGCCGACUUAACCCGGCUUAUUGCCAGCAUUGGCGUCAGGUAGGAUAUUUUAUUUUCGCAUGAAAAGAA